UAACGUCGUCAUCUUCGAUUUCCUCAUAUACUUCGUAUAUAUAUAUAUAUAUCUUUCGCUGUGCGUGAAAUUAAUCUGGAGCGCCGCCGGCGCAUAUAUAAAUAGUUAGUAUAUGUCGUUCUGCAACAGUGGUGGUGUGGCGGAGGACGGAGGUGAAAGCGCGACCAAUGACAGGGCGGUGGUGGAUAAAUACUUCAAUGAGAUACCUGUGGGUUACCGGUUCGUGCCGACGGACGAAGAGCUGGUGGUUCACUACCUGAAGAACAAGAUUCUGGGGAGACCCCUUCCUCGCAACAGGAUCCUCACCUGCAACAUUUACGAAUCCCAUCCCCAGAUUCUUUUUAGGAUGUACGGUACAAUAAGAGAAAGUGCAUGCUAUUUCUUCACGACAAGGGAGAAGAUGAAUGCAAAUGGGUCAAGACCCAAAAGAAAAGCAGUGAAUGGGUACUGGAGGGCUAGCGGGCGUGACGAACCAGUCCGGAGUAGUAAAAACAACCAGGUCGUCGGCUCCAAGAGGACACUUAAUUACUUCGAAGGAACUCAUCAACUUAAGGGCCGCAACAAGGGCAUGAAGACAAAUUGGAUGAUGCAUGAAUAUAUUUCCACACAUCAUCCAAACUCUAUCCCUCAUCCUUCAAAUCCUUCCUCAAAGAUGAAGCUGGAUGACUACGUUUUGGUCAAGAUAUACCAAAAAGCUGGAACGACUACCCCUCCUGAGAAUGAAGACAUCAUCAAUGAUAGUAUGGAGAAUAAAGAUGAAAUGGGGAUGGUGAGUUUGCCUGAUAAGAAGCAGCAGGUGCUGGAAACAUCACCAGUGGAGCUGUGGUCCUCUUCUGAUGGAGCAGGUUUGAUGCUAGGAUCAUCAGAGCUAUCAUUCCAAUAUAAUGAAAGUGAUGAUCUUCACAUCCAGCUUACCUAUUCUACUCCUACUAACCCCCCGCCGCCUCCGCCUCCACAGACGAUGCAACAUCACCAUGAGAUUAAUAGAGAGGCGGCGGAGGAACUUCUACGCCGCCGGGGGAGCAACCACACCCGGCUGCAUGAUCACAGUUGGCCGGCAAAGACCAUUAUUUCGCCAGCUGCGGCUUCUUGCAGAUACCCAUCGGCGCCGCCCUGCUAUGAUUUUGGGAUCCCCUUCAUCUGGCAAAAUGAUCAAGGCCUACCUCCACUCCUGCAUCCUAGUCGCCUAGUAAUGCCCACUCGUGCUGCUUCUGCGGUGUACCCACCGGCGGCUGACGGCAGAGGUUUUCAAAACGGAGGCUGCCAAGGAAACCCUUUUGCUACCACCUCUUAUUACCCAAAAGAAGAUGUGUGGGAACUACAUGGUUUAGUUGCUGCUGCUAUUAAUAAUAAUAAUAAUAACAACACCAACAACAACAAUAGUAAUAAUAAUAAUAAGCCUGCAGCAGAAGGUGUGGCAGAUAUAGGUGAAGCUCCUCCUAAUUAUAAUAAACACGAGAAGUUCGUUUAAUGGUACUCCCUCUAUAUUAGUUGUCUAUUUGUCUUUCGCAUGGUUUAAGAUAAUUAUUGUAAACAUUAUAAAAGAUAAGAUGAGAUGUUUGAUAUUGUAGCGGUCCGAUCCUGUAGUGAUACUUAAUGGUACUGUACUUGCAUUUUGAGUGAGUUUCUUUCCAAAAAGAGAAAUUAAAUGAGACAACUAAAGUGAUAUAGAGGGACUACUAUUCUUUAAUUUCUAGAUCAGAACUUGAUACUUUAGGCUAAACGUACUGAUCGAACAGCUUCUAUCUAAGUCGAGUUUGUAAUCUUUGUUUGUAUGAG